AUGCCUUGGUUCAGGUCAAAGGUGCUUACAGCGUGUGCGUGGGCGGCUCCUGUGCUCGCCGCCGUCCUACCUCAUUCCCAGGGUCGAGCUGCUCGAGCAGAGGACCUGCUGCAUCUCGACGUGCAGCACAAUUACGCGCAAGCAACCUUCAGCGUUCCAUGUAUUGGCUGUCUUGGCCCGGCUCACACGGACCAGAAUGACGAGUCUCUAAUCCUGAGCUUCACCAGCCAUGCCCAAGAUGACGCCUGCGGCUCUUCCAACGUUACCUUGAACGGAGUACAUCUUCCCCAGGAGUGGUCCGGAGACUUUGCCUCCGGCUCGGGCUCCUACCAGGCCCUCACCCACCUCACGCAGAAUGAACGCUUUUUGCAGCGCGACUUGGAUCUCGAAUGGAAGACGGCCUGUCUUCACGGCCACAGAGAAACAGAAGCUGCACAAGUCCUGACCGUUAACAUCAAGGCCAUUGACGGCCAACCCCUAGACACUCCCUCUGGUUUUACCAUUUCUUUCAAGCAGCACACCUCACCCCCGUCGCUGCUCAGGCUUGAGUCUGCCCCAGACCCUUCUGCCAGCAAUACCGACGUCGCUGAAUCUUGGCGCGAACCGCCCCAGGCUCUGCGUCUUGUCGUCUCUGACAACGUCGAGGUUUCAUCUCCCGCUACUGGAGCUCAGUCCUUAGAGGGCGAUAUUCGCCAACUAAAAGCGCUUGAAAGUGAACUUGAAGUACUCCAGUCGCUCAUCACCAAACAGAAGAAGCUUAUUCAUUCGCGGUUGAGAAAAGAGGCGCAACACGUCUCACAAGAACUGAGUAAUUGUGACGGCAUUUCUUGCAUCUUGAAGACUGUUGCUCACAAGGCUAUCGGCGCGUGGAGAGUAGCGUACAUCCGCUACAAGCCUGGCCAAAAGCCAAUCAACAUGGGCCGUCCGGAGCACAUUUUCCCCCAGGCACAUGAUCAUGUCGCACAGGUAGCACAGGUUUCUGAUGAUAGCUUGAGGGCCAGCACACCGACCCCUCAAGCGUACAAAGCGGAAGCAGUUGAACUUCCACCAAGACCUACCAAAGAAUCACCCUUCGUUUUGGCCAUUGAAAUCACCUUUGGCAUCCUUUGUUGCGGCUGUAUUUUCACUGCAAUCCGCCAUAAAUGCAGCAGCCUUCGAACACGUACUGAGCGUGCUGCUGCCCGGGAAGAACGCAUCAACGCUCGUGCCUAUCGCCGAGCAGCGCGCCAGCAUGCAUGGAGCAAGUGGUGGCGCGGUAACUGGGCACAGAGGGACAGUGAGCGCAUUGCUGACUAUGAAGAGAAGAGGGCCCUCAUCUCCGAGCAGGAAAAUGUGCUUGAAGAUGCAAUGCAAGAAGAGAUCCGGCAAUUGAGGGCAGCACACGAUGUUGUCAAUGAUCUUGUGCGAGACGCCGAAGAAGGCAGAAGUGUCAACCACCCUCCUUUCAUUUACCAACGGGAACAAACUCACGCACCCUUCUCCCCGCUAUCAACAGCAUCCACAUACCCCCCUACAUCGCUUCCUGAGAUACCUUCGCGACCACUAUCGCGGACCGAGAGUCUGCCAAGUUAUCGUUCAGACACGCCCACGGAGCCACCUGGCUAUGAUUCUGACCGAGACAUGUCUGACGUUGUCGCUAAUGGCUUUCACCAGUAUGCCGCCGCAUCCACGACAUCUGAAGUGAGCUCCCACUGGACACCUGAGAGUAGUGUUGUCGACGUGAGUCCUAGGCCUAGUGCAGAGACUCUAAGGUACCCUGUGAGCAUCUAUACUCUGGAUGAGGAAGAGUCGGACGAUGAUUGA